ACACAAGUACGUAGAUAGUCCGUAAAAAAUCACUCAACAAAAGCAAUUUCAUGUUUCAAUGACAUCAUUUGGUAUAAGUACUAAAAAGAAAACUUUUCAGAAAACUAUUGGAGGAAUUUCAUGGCACAACAGAAGGCCAAAUUUCUUAACUAAAAUUUUCAAUCAAUGUAUAAAAUCUACAAUUUUUUGCCAGGAUGGACACGUAGGCUUAAACUUUGUGUCGGAGGAAGAGUGCGAUUCGUUUUAUAGAGCUGUGGACACGACAAUUGAAACGAGAAAUCGCAAGAAAUUAGAAAAACGGAAUCGCGCAAAAGCACAAGCUGCGCCAAACAUACCACCACCGGUGGCUAGAGAAGCAAACAGAUCCACAUCCGCGACCAAUCAGACGACUACAGAUUCUGGCGUUCAACUUCGCAAUCACCCACAAAAAAUCAAUUCUGUCACACUGACGCCUGGUCCCAAUCCAGUAGCGCCUUCCAAAAACUUCCUUAGUACUAGUUUUGGUCUGUCGGGUUCAUCAAGCAAAGAUAAGGCGAAACGAAAAGUUACUAAAGCGGAUAUCAGUACGCCAACAAAUUUCGUGCAUAUCAGCCAUGUCGGCUGGGAUGCUGAUAAGGGCUUCGAUUUAACUGGCAAUGAGAACGAUGAAGUACUCACUAGCUUCUUCGCUAAAGCUGGCGUAUCCGAAAAUGAACUGAAGGACCGCGACACGCGUGCCUUUAUCUACGACUUCAUUCAAAGCAACAACGUACUGGCAUCGGUCAAAUCGGAGCGCGUUGAAUCGCCAAAAGCUACGGCGCCCACCGCGCCGCCACCUGUGCCAAGUCGUCACCAGCAUCAUCAAAAUGGCACAACUGUAAGCCAAAGAACUGCGCCUCCACCGCCACCACCGGCGAGACAACCUCCACCACCGGUGCCGACAACAGUACCGGGUGCAACACGUGCACCAGCACCACCCACAAGACCGCCUCCCAUAAAUGUAGCGCCACCUCCACCAGCACCACCACAGCCUGCUGUAGCUGCGCCAGCGGCAGCUCCACCACCACCUCCGCCGCCGCCACCACCGCCACCGCCAGCCAUGGUCGAGUCGCAGGUAAUAAGCACGACGGAUGCGCCGGCAGCAGAAACGAAACGGCCAAUAGCGCAACUACCCGUCGUACCAGAUGUGCGCAGCCAACUCCUGGAUAGCAUACGUAAAGGAACUGUAUUAAAGAAAGUAGAUACCGCAGCACUGAGCACAGGCAGUGGCGAUUCACACAGUGAUCUAAUGUCUGAAAUUCGCAGCGGUUUCGAGCUGAAGCCAUCGCAUGAUCGCGCGCCCAUCAAUCGCAAUAGCGAUGACGGCACGGGUCCGGCUGGCAGCGAUGCGCUGGCCGUUGCGCUGAGGCGCGCGCUACUUGAACGCGAACGCGUCAUGCAACCGUCAGAUGAUGAGAACGACGAUUCGUCGGGUAAUGACGAUGAAUGGGAGGAUUAAACGCUAACUAACUAAGUCGAUUGCAACAAAGUUGUGAUGUUAUGCGCAUGUACGUUAACAAUACAUGUUAUAGUGUGUAUUAAAGGCAAAUGAAUUCGUUCUAAAGUCAAAUAUUGCAUUGAAGUUUCGUUAGGUAUUUAAAUCUUAUAAAGCAGUUUAUACGCAUUUUAAAGCAAUACAUAGCCAUUAGCCAUUUUCUAUGUAUCCAAACACUGUUAUGUAUUUUCGAUUAAUACUUUCGGGUUUUUGAAAAUAGUGAUGCCAAUCGAAAAUGUAUUAUGUACAUAUUUAUACAAAACUCAUGACGAGAUAGGUGGAGUAAAGGUGAAUCAGAAAUAAAAAUUUAGACAAGUUUA